GGACAAGUCCGCAAAGAGGCCGCUCAUCGUUCGCAACGUCGAGACGGGAAAGAUGCUCGUAGACUCUCUGCACAAAAUAGCGAGGAACCCCCUUCCGUGUACGAGCACCAUCUGCCAGGGUUCGCUGAUGUGCGGCCCGGUGCGGCGGAACGGCAGGGACCCCCGACCCAAAGAAGAGGUGCUGCAGCACGCCAGGGAGUUCCUGGACCAGUUCUACACGAGCAUCAAGAGGUUUCACUCCAAGGCGCACGAGAAGCGCUGGUCGGAAGUGGAGCGCCAGGUGCAGGCGCGUGGCACCUACGACCUCACCGAGACGGAGCUUGUGUUCGGAGCCAAGCUUGCCUGGAGGAAUUCGGCGAGGUGCAUCGGCAGGAUACAGUGGUCGAAGCUGCAAGUUUUUGACGCUCGGCACUGCUACACUGCAAGGGACAUGUAUGAAGCCAUCUGUGCCCACCUCAAAUACAGCACAAACAAAGGGAACAUAAGGUCGGCAAUCACCAUAUUUCCGCCGCGCACGGACGGCCAGCACGACUACAAGGUGUGGAACUCGCAGCUCAUCCAGUUUGCCGGACACAAGCAGCCCGACGGCAGCGUCAUCGGUGAUCCGGCCUCCGUAGAGCUCACAGAGAUAUGCAAGAAGCUCGGCUGGAAACCCGAAGGAGGCCGGUUCGAGGCGCUGCCCCUGGUUCUAUCGGCCAACGGUGAAGAUCCGGAGAUCUUCGAGAUUCCCGAGGACCUUAUAAUGCGGGUGAAGAUUACUCAUCCUGUCUACAAGACCAUCGACGAGAUGCAGCUGGAAUGGUACGCCGUGCCUGCAGUGUCCAGCAUGAUGCUGGACGUGGGCGGCGUCGAGUUCACGGCCUGCCCUUUCAACGGCUGGUACAUGGUUACCGAGAUCGCCGUUAGGGACUUCUGCGAUGCGCAUCGCUACAACCUCGCCGAGGAAGUAGCGACUCGAAUAGGCAUCGACACCAAAAGCAAUUCGAGCCUCUGGCGGGAUCGGGCUGCUGUCGAACUCACCCUGGCUGUCAUGCACAGCUACCAGAAGGCGAACGUGACCAUCGGACACCACUCGGCGUCCGAGCAGUUCAUGAAGCACAUGGAGAAUGAAAACCGGCUGCGUGGAGGCUGCCCCGGUGACUGGGUAUGGAUCGUGCCACCGCUCAGUGGAAGCCUCACGCCCGUGUUUCACCAGGAGAUGCUUUACUACCACCUCAAGCCCAAUUACGAGUACCAGACGCCAGCCUGGAAGACGCACGUGUGGCAGAAGAAGGCGGACGACCAGCGACGGCAUUCCAGGAAGUUCCGCUUCAAGGACAUCGCCAGCGCCGUGAAGUUCACCUCAGCCAUGUACGGCAAAGCCCUGGCGAAGCGCGUCAAGGCCAAGAUCCUGUACGCCACCGAGACGGGAAAGUCCGAGACCUACGCCCGUGUACUAUGCGACAUCUUCCUGCACGCUUUCAACGCGUCGGUCGAGUGCAUGGAAGACUACGAUUUCGUCAACCUGGAAUUCGAGCCCCUGCUGCUGGUCAUCUCCAGCACUUUUGGCAACGGCGAGCCGCCCGAAAACGGAGAGGUCUUCGCUCGAAACCUACAAGUCAUGAAAAGCUGCAGCCCCUUUGGACCGGAGGGUACGACUCCGAGAUCUUACGUUAGGACGACGUCAAUGUCCUUCGUGCGGAAAAACAGCGUCAAUGCCUCCGAGAAUGACGUCGGUUCUCCGCCGCCACCUCACGAGGCGUCGGACCUUGGACCCCUCAGCAACGUCAGGUUCGCUGUGUUCGGACUGGGCUCCAGCGCGUAUCCCAAUUUCUGCGCGUACGGCAAGUACGUGGACAAGAUCCUGGGAGACCUGGGCGGCGAGCGCAUCUGCAAGUUGGCCACCGGAGACGAGCUGCGCGGCCAGGAACAGUCGUUCCGCAUGUGGGCCAAGAUGGUCUUCGAGCAAGCGUGCGACGUGUUCUGCGUGGGCGACGACAUCGGGCCGAUCGAGAUGACUCCAUCGAUGGAGGAGAACAUCGCCUGGUCGCCGGACAAGGUUCGGCUUUUCCAGAAGGCCUCCGACAAGAACCCGCCCCUUGGGUUCGGUCUGUCCAAGGGUUCCAGUCGAAAAGUCGUCGCAAGCAAGCUGGUGUCCAGGAAGGUUCUGCAAUGGGACAAGGAAGACGACAAGAAGACCAUCAUGGUUGUGCUGGAGGCGAGCGGAGACAGCGAGCUGAAGUACGCGCCGGGCGACCACAUCGGCAUCUACGCUGUCAACAGGGACGACAUCGUCAACGGCAUCGUGGAGCGCCUCGCGCCUGGGUCGGCAGAUCCGGACGCUGUCUUCAGGGUCCAGUACCGAGACAUCGUCCAGAAUCCCAUCACGGGCAGGCAAGUGGCAAGUCAAGAUCUGUCGGCGUUGUUACCACACAUUGCGUUUACGUCUCCCUGCGUAGGCGAGCAAAAAGAGACGUGGCAAGACAACGGACGCCUGCCUCCGUGCUCGCUACGCGUAGCCCUGCACCGCUACCUGGACAUCACGACGCCGGCAUCGCAGGAGCUGCUCAAAUACUUGGCAGCCAUGGCCUCGGACGAGCGCCAGCAGGAACAGCUGCAGACGCUCGCAACGAAUCUGGAGAGGUACGAGGACUGGAAGGCGCAGAAGUUCCCGCACCUGUUGGACUUGCUGGAGGAGUUUCCUUCAGUGCAGCCGACGCCCGAGCUGCUGCUGUGCAUGCUGCCUCUGAUCCAGCCGCGCUUCUACUCCAUCAGCUCGGCGCCCGAGGCAUAUCCGGGACAGAUACACCUCACUGUGGCCGUGGUCACGUACCGCACAGAGAACGGCACGGGCAAAAAGCACUACGGUGUGUGCUCUUCGUUCUUGGACACAAUUGAACCAGAAGAAGAAAUUGCUUGCUUUGUCAGAAUCGCUCCAAACUUCCACCUGCCAGAACAGAAGAACGUUCCCGUGGUGCUCGUCGGACCGGGGACGGGCAUCGCCCCCUACAGGAGCUUUUGGCAACGACGCUAUUGUUCUAUGCAGGGUGUCUACCAAGAAGGGCAACCAUUUUACGAGGGUCAGAUGGAUCUGUACUUCGGAUGCCGCACAAUGGAGUCGCAGCUUUACGCUGAAGAAGUGCAGACAAUGAAGGCCGCCGGAGCACUGCGAAACGUGUUUCUCGCAUUCUCAAGGGUUCCGGGACAGAAAAAGGCGUGUAUCCAGGGCACUGUGUGCUAUGUCCAAGAUCGGCUACACGAAAGGGCCGAGGAGUUGUACAAGCUUCUCACGAAGGACAACGGCCACCUGUACGUCUGUGGCGAUGUUAUCAUGGCCGACGGAGUCAACAAGGCUGUGCGCGCCAUACUGAGAGACCAAGGGAACAUCUCGGAGGAGAAGGCCGAAACGCUCAUGGAUAAGCUCAGGGAGGAGAACCGCAUCCACGAGGACAUCUUCGGCGUCACCCUGCGCACCGAGGAAGCAACGAGAAAAAGUCGGGAGGACGCCAAGCGGAGGAGCACCCACAAGUGACACCCGCUGGCCGGCCUGCCCGACUCCAUUGGCUCGCUCACUUUCUCCAGGCUCAGGGCCAUCCUCACCAACUGCACUUCGCCGGGACCCGCGAAAUGACGACACCUGUCACCGCCACCGUGGAGGGCGGCACUGCGCUGUGCGGAACAACCUCUUCAUCCCUCUUGUACAUCCUCCCUUCCGCAUUUGUUUUUUUUCUCGCCUCACGCUAAGCGUUCUUACCGCCUCGAUGGUGCAACCUUAUCCUGCAGACGAUUAACCUUUUGUCGUGUCACGCUCGGUCGAGAACACGGAACCAACAACUGCAACCCGCCACUGGUGGUCUAGUGGUCUUGCGCUAUCCCAAAGGUCAAGCGAUUGAAUCCCGACCUUGUCGGCCGCAUUUCGAUGGAGGAUAAAAGUUAGAGGCUCGUUUAUCAAGAUAUAGGCGCACGUUAAAGAACCCCAGGUUAUCGAAAUUUCCGGAGCCCUCCACUUCGGCGUCUGUCAUAAACGA